AUGGUUUCUGUAACUCCAUGCACUAAAUUUGAACAGAAUCAAAUGAAAUCCAUUAUUGGCCAAUCAUACAACAAGCUGUACGGUCAGUUCAUGUCCCAAGAACUGACAGAAGUCGGAAAUUAUAAGAUCCUUAAACAAAUAGGUGAAGGGAGCUUUGGAAAAGUCUACCUUGCGUGCCACAAGCCUACACAUAGGAAAGUGGUACUUAAGACUAGUGACAAGAACGAUCCCAAUGUUGUAAGAGAAGUAUUUUAUCAUCGGCAGUUUGAUUAUCUUUAUAUUACAAAACUUUACGAAGUUAUUGUGACAGAAACGAAGGUUUGGAUGGCUCUUGAGUAUUGUUCUGGUAAAGAGCUCUAUGAACAUCUGUUGGCAAUGAAGCGAAUCCCACUUGAUGAGUCAGCUAAGCUGUUUGCUCAAAUUGCUGGUGCCGUUUAUUACGCACAUUCCCUAAAUUGCGUGCAUAGAGAUCUUAAAUUGGAGAAUAUCUUACUGGAUAAGAAAGGGAACGCAAAAUUAGCAGAUUUCGGUUUUACAAGAGAAUGUGUUUCGAAAAGCUCACUGGAGACUAUUUGUGGUACAACAGUAUACAUGGCACCAGAGUUGACCCAAAGAAAAAAUUACGACGGAUUCAAGAUUGAUAUUUGGUCACUAGGAGUUAUAUUGUACACUAUGAUUAACGGUUCAAUGCCUUUCGAUGAAGAUCUUGAAACGAAAACAAAGUGGAAAAUAGUUAAUGAAAUGCCCGAGUUCAAUGAAGAGAUAAUGGACGAGAGUUCAAUUGAUUUGAUAUCCCAGCUAAUGGCUAAAGAUCCAAAUGAAAGGCCAAGUAUGCAGAAGAUUCUGUCACAUCCCUUCCUGGAACCCCAUGGCACUUUUGUACUGGAAAAAACCAAUAAAAUUCUUUCGAAACAAAGGCGUGGGCUCAACAAAUUUCAUUCAAGAACUGAACGAAAACUUUUAAAAAGAUUGAAACAAUCUGGAUUCGACACUCAAGCGAUUAAAGCAUCCAUACAAAAGAAAAGAUGUGAUUCAUUAUCUGCCCUUUGGCUUCUGUUGGUGGAACGUGAGAAAGCCUCUGAAAAAAAUGAAAAGUUGAAUUAUCCGCGAAGAAGUAGAUCUGUAUUAUCUGUGAGAAAGGUUUUGGAUGCUGCGAGUAUAACCGAUGGGCGACUCAUAGAAGAAGGAUUCUUGGCACAACAACUGGAUUGCAGAAUUGCUACUCCUUUAAGCAAAAUUAUGAGUAGAAAAAGCGACUCAGUUUCCAUUGUGGCUUCCUCGCCUCUCAAGAAACAGGUCGGCCCUAAUGUUUUGCAAGAGAUAGAUUCUUCAGUUAUCAACAAAAUCAAUAGUAACCCAGCUUCCAAUAGUAGUACCCCCAGAAAGAAUAAUAUCUUUACCAAAAUGACUAAAUUCUUUAAAAAUAAAAAAAAUAAUAAUGACAAUAGUCAUUUUGAUAAUAGGAAACAAAGAACAAGUGAAGAAUCUCAAAAGAGUCGAAUGAACAUAGCAAAGUCGCCAGGAGUUUAUGAAAAAAAGAGGGCUAAUAGAUCUGAUUCCAGUAAGUCAAUAUCCAGGAGCUUCAAUCAGCUGGUACCGAGAGAUCAUGACAUGGAUCCAGAAGGCGAUAUUCAUGGUGAGAAUUCUAAAAGUGUCCAGAUUAUUGAUGGACCUGGUAGGCAGGCAAGGAAGCUGAAACGAUUUAAAUCGACCACAUCCAGUGACAUAUCUCGCCAAACUUCCAUGGGAAACUAUGAUAGUGAAUCAACCACUAACAACGCGCGGCCUUCUGAUGAAAAUCUGAAAUUGAGUCUUUCAAGUCGGGCAAGACCUUUUUCCGGUGUAUCUCAGCACUCUGAAAUUUCCAAUGAAACUUUUAACUCAGAGUACUCAACGGAUGGUAAUGUCUCUUCAUUCAGAAUAGCAGAUUCCAAUAGGGCUAGUUUGCCACAAAUGUAUACAGGAAAUGUUAUUCAAGAUACGGUCAGCAACGAUAAGGUGUUUUUCGGGAAUAAGCAGAGAAUUGCUCGAAGAGAUUUGAGCAUAAUGUCUAGCGCAUCAAGCGCGUCGGAGAAAAGCUCCAGAACUGAUUCCUUCUAUGAUAUUACCACGGCUUCAUCGCCUUCGAUGAUGGAUGUGCGCAAUACAAAACGAACAUCCAUCAAGGAUUCCGUAUUACCUCGUUUUGGGAAACAAACAUCUUGGAAAAGCAAGCGAAAUCCAAAUCCAAAUCCAAAUAGGCGGUCAAUUUUGAAUCGUAGAGCACACGGGAGAACGCAGAUCGGUCGUCAAUCAUCACACCAGCAGUCUAUAAUCCAAGAAGAGAGUUCAUCCGGUGACGAUCCUGAAAGGCGCGUGUGUAAUGACAUUUUACAGACAACAGACUCCUUAGAAGAGGCCGACGAAUUGGCUGUUCACAGUGAUAGUGACGCCCGAUGUAUGUCUGUACUUGACCCUUCAUUGACUCCAAAUAGCAAAAACCGGACUAGUAUAAUUUGUGCUCGAUCGUUGAGUGAAGGCAGCGAUAUAUCGCAAAACUACGCAAGACUACCUGGGGAGCUAAUAGCGGGUUCAGUCUCAGGAGAAGAAGCUGGUCUUUUGCAGGUAGAAAGUCACGGGAAAGGACAUGAGGAUGAAUUUACCAAACAUGUUGGUGAGCCUAAAUAA